UCCAAAAAAUAUCCAUAGAGGGAAUUGUGUUUGACUAAAUGGGGAACUCAAAAAGACAUCAACUUGUGAAUGCCAUAACAUUUUGCUUGGUUGCCACAAGUGUUGUUGCAGCCUAUACACCUUAUGAUGAUUCUCCACAGCAAACUAUGAAUCAAGAGAAACCUUAUUCCCCAGGAUCUGAAUAUAAGGUACCAUCAGUUCCACAAGACACAUCUAGCAAGGUUCCAUCAGUGUCGAAAGACUAUUACAAAGUGCCAUCAGUUCCAGAAAGUACUUAUUCUAAGGUGCCAUCAGUAUCAAAAGAGUAUUACAAGGCACCAUCAGUUCCAGAAAUUACAUACACUAAAGUACCAUCAGUUCCAGAAAUUACAUACACUAAAGUACCAUCAGUUCCAGAAAGUACUUAUUCUAAGGUGCCAUCAGUUUCGGAAACUACAUACAGUAAAGUACCAUCAGUUCCAGAAAAUAGUUAUUCUAAUGUGCCAUCAUCUCCAAAAGGUACUUAUACUAAGGUGCCAUCAGUUCCAGAAAUUACAUACACUAAAGUACCAUCAGUUCCAAAAAGUAGUUAUUCUAAAGUUCCAUCACCAUCAAAAAACUAUUACAAGGUACCAUCAGUUCCAGAAACUACAUACACUAAAGUACCAUCAGUUCCAAAAAGUACUUAUUCUAGGGUGCCAUCAGCUCCAAAAGGUACAUAUACUAAGGUGCCAUCAGUUCCAGAAACUACAUACACUAAAGUACAAUCAGCUCCAGAAAGUAGUUAUUCUAAGGUGUCAUCAACUCCAAAAGGUACAUACACUAAAGUACAAUCAGUUCCAGAAAGUAGUUAUUUUAAGGUGCCAUCAGCUCCAAAAGGUAUUUAUAAUAAGGCGCCAUCAGAUCCAGAAGAUACUUAUAGUAAGGUGCCAUCAGUCUCAAAAGACUACUACAAAAUACCUUCAAUUCCAUCUGUACCAAAAGAUAAUUACAAUCAUGUGCCUCAAGUCCCAGACCAUGUUCACAAAGAUACUUACGAAGUACCUUCUAUGCAAAAGAAUUACUACAAGAUACCUUCAGGUCCUCAAAAUUCUUACAACAAGGUUCCAUCGGUACCCAAAGAUUACAACAACGUACCUUCAGUGUCAAAAGACAACUAUGGAUCUAAGGUAACACUGCCAAAACCUUACUUCAAGUUACCAGCAGUUGCCUCGUACCGUUCUCGAAAUUUGCCAUUACCUAAGUAUCCUAACCAAGAACAUCCUAGUUACAACUCUUUUCCAUCAUCGAAGAACACAGAGAAUUAUCCAUCUCCACCACCACCUUACUACUAAAGACCUCACAUAUUUUUUAGUGUUCGGCCAUUUCUAGCAAAGUAUAUGAAGGACAUAUUCAUUGUCAAUUUGGGAUUCUGAUGAAGGCCAAGUCAACAGAAGUACGAACUGCCAAAAU